AACAAACCUCAGCAGGCUUGAGGCGCUCUGGACGAUGGGCAGGUCUUAGCUGUCUGUCUUAACGUUACUAACGACGGGCGGGUCUUAGCUGUCUGUCUUAACGUUACUAACGACGGGCAGGUCUUAGCUGUCUGUCUUAACGUUACUAACGACGGGCGGGUCUUAGAUGUCUGUCUUAACGUUACUAACGACGGGCAGGUCUUAGCUGUCUUAACGAUACUAACGACGGGCAGGUCUUGGCUGUGUCUUAACGAUACUAACGACGGGCAGGUCUUGGCUGGCUAUAUUAAUAACUUUACAGACGAUGGGCAGGUCUUAGCUGGCUGUCUUAACGUUAUUGACGACAGGCAGGGCUUAGCUGUCUGCCAACAUUACUAACGACGGGUAGGUCUUAGCUGGCUGUCUUAAUAACGUUAUUGACGACGGUUAAGUCUUAGCUGGCUGUCUUAACGUUAGAGACGACGGGCAGGUCUUAGCUGGCUGUCUUAACGUUAGAGACGACGGGCAGGUCUUAGCAGGCUGUCUUAAUAACGUUACGACGGGCAGGUCUUAGCUGGCUGUCUUAAUAACGUUACGGACGACGGGCAGGUCUUAGCUGGCUGUCUUAACGUUACGGACUCAUGGGCAGGUCUUAGCUGGCUGUCUUAGGUUAACGUCAACCAGGUGAAAUUUCCCCACGGCUUUUUUUCCAAACUGGGCCAGAAGUAAAAACCCCACGGCGAACCCAAAGUAGACUUGGCUCUGGGAUGACUGGAGUGUCCUGACUACCUGCAGCCGCGAUGAAGAGAAGUUUGGACGCGAUUAACGAGCCGUUAAAGGCGAAGAAGGUUCGCCAGGAGGAGGCCAGCUCUGACGAAGAUGAAGGGUCAUCACAGAGAACCACCAGCCACGAUUCCAGUCAGAGUGAGUCUCCCAGUGAUGCUGAGGAUCACAGGCCCAGCUUUUCCAGACCACCAGUAUCCCAUAAUACCCAGAGCAGUGAUGCCCCCCAGAGCUCCUCUAGAUUCUCCAUGUACAACAUUGUCUCUCAGAAACUUAUGGCCAAAAUGGGUUUCAAAGAGGGCGAGGGUUUGGGCAAGUUUGGCCAGGGCCGGAAAGACAUCGUGGAGGCGUCGACACAGCGCGGGAGGCGGGGCCUCGGCCUGAGCUUGCAGAGCUUUGAAGGAGAACUGAACGUGGAAUGGCAGGACGAACCAGAGCCCAAUGCUUUUGAAGAGGUCACAUGGUUUCCAGAAUGUUCGACUGAGAUCCCAGACUCAGAUGAGCUGAGUGACUGGAUGCUGAUAGGCGAGAGGAAGCUGAAGAUCGAAGAUGAAACUGAGUUCUGCUCAGAGAAGCUACUGCACCUCCUGCUAAGCUGCAAGAGUGUGUUUGAUGACCUGGAGGGUGAAGAAAUGAGACGAGCUCGCACGCGAUCCAACCCGUAUGAAACUAUACGAGGGGCUUUCUUCCUUAACAGAGCUGCUAUGAAGAUGGCAAACAUGGACCAUGUGUUUGACUACAUGUUUACUAACCCAAAAGACUCCCAAGGGAGGCCGCUAAUCCGUGAUAAGGAGAGUGAACUGCUGUAUUUCGGGGAUGUGUGUGCGGGGCCCGGUGGCUUCUCUGAGUACAUUCUGUGGCGGAAGCGCUGGCAUGCCAAAGGCUUCGGGAUGACUCUGAAAGGAGCCAACGACUUCAAGCUGGAGGACUUCUAUGCCGCCCCCAGCGAGCUCUUUGAGCCCUACUACGGUGAAGGCGGGAUCGAUGGUGAUGGAGACAUCAUGCGGCCCGAAAACAUCACCGCGUUCCGGAAUUUUGUCCUGGAGAGCACAGAGAAGCGCGGUCUCCACUUCCUCAUGGCCGACGGGGGUUUCUCAGUGGAAGGCCAAGAGAACCUUCAGGAGAUCCUGAGCAAACAGCUUUUGCUUUGUCAGUUCCUCAUGGCCUUGUCCGUUGUCCGAACAGGUGGUCAUUUUGUGUGCAAGACGUUUGACCUCUUCACACCCUUUAGUGUGGGCCUUAUCUACCUGCUGUAUCUCUGCUUUGAGAGAGUCUCACUCUUCAAGCCACUCACCAGCCGUCCUGCAAACUCUGAGAGGUAUGUAGUGUGUAGAAGUCUCAAGCCAGGCUCUGAUGCGGUCAGAGACUACUUAUUCACUGUCAACCUGAAGUUGAACCAUUUGCGGCACUCUGAGAGAGACGUCACAGAUGUGGUGCCUUUGAACGUCAUCAAGGGAGACACGGACUUCUACCAGUACAUGACGGACUCCAACGAGCGGCACUGUGCAGUGCAGAUCAAAUCCCUGGCUAAAAUCCACGCCUACGUGAGAGAGACAACAUUGUCCGAGCCCAGGCAGGCAGAUAUUCGCAAGGAGUGUCUCAGACUGUGGGGGAUUCCUGAUCAAGCCAGAGUGGCUCCGGCCUCCGCCGAUCCAAAAGCCAAGUUCUACGAGCUCAUUAAGGGUGCAGACAUAGACAGCUUUAAUUGCAGGCCCACAGCCCUGAGCUCCAGUACUCUGGAUAAGCUGCAGCAUGUGCUGGACCAUCGCUGCAUCGUUGGCGGGGGAGAGCAGAUCUUUCUACUGGGGCUCGGGAAAUCGCAGAUCUACAUAUGGGAUGGCAAAGCCCCACUGCGUUGGAAAAAACUGGAAAACUGGAAGCUGGAGCUUCCCAGAGACACCCUGCUGAGUGUGGAGAUCGUGCAGGAAUUGAAGGGGGAGGGCAAGGCUCAGCGGCGCAUCAACGCUGUCCACGUCCUGGAUGCUCUGGUGCUCAACGGCACUGAUGUGAGAGACCAACACUUCAACCAGAGGAUUCAGAUGGCAGAGAAGUUUGUGAAAGCCGUAUCCAAGCCCAGCAGGCCGGACAUGAACCCCAUACGGGUGAAGGAAGUUUACCGGUUGGAAGAGAUGGACAAGAUCUUUGUGAGAUUGGAGAUGAAGGUGACAAAAAGCUCCGGCGGGAUGCCACGGCUGUCCUACACAGGCCGAGAUGACCGCCACUUCCUGCCCAGCGGACUCCACAUCAUUAAAACCGUCAGCGACCCUUGGACGAUGGCAUAUAGUAAGACUUCAAAUAAGAAGUUCUUUUAUAAUAAACAGACAAAAGAGUCGACGUACAAAAUGGACCCUACUGCUGUUGCUCCUUUUAAUGAGUGUUAUCAUGAGAGACUUUUUUGGGCGUGGGAGGAAGGGGUCAUAGUUCAUGACUCCCAGACACGCGUGGAUCCCAAGAAGCUCUCCAAAGAUCAUGUGCUCUCUUUCAUCCGAAAACACUGUCAGCAGUGAGAAUCAGAGGAAAGGGAGUGAAGCCUCUCCUUUGCAGCAGAGGGCGCUGUAGUUUGCAGAAGAGGAAGUGUCUUAAAAUGCAUGGUUUUUUCAUUCUGUACUUGGAUUAAAACAGUGACUUUAGCUUGCUGUGGUGAGAAGCGUAUCUGCUCAGCCUUGCAGCAUUCUGCCCUUUCCUCACAUCCAAUGUAAAGAUGCGCACAGUGCUGGGCUGAGAAGGACCUGCAGUUUAGAACAUGUUUCUUUUCUCUGAGAAAUUCGCCCUGAAUGCGGUGGUUGGCUUCUGUAGCGCUGUGGUUCACGCAUAGACACGACCCACUGCGUUCCCAGUUUAGCUUGUCACCAGGUAAUGAAAUGCAUGACCCCAGAGGUACGCAUUUCCUCUUCUGUGUGUGCGGGUGACGUAUUGUCUGCUGUGCUGGGUUGGAUUGCUUUUAAAUGUUUAAAAGCAGGCAGCGUCUCUAAUUGUUAGGAAUUCAAUUUGGGGUUUUAAGUGUGAUUGCAUCUUUGGUAAUAUAAGACCGCCCCAGAUAUGUUCUUCCCCUGUUAAACAAGCCGGGCGUCGGUGGCCGAAUGUGUAUGAAGUCAUAAGCCCCACCUCUUCUUUUAAAGGAGAGAUGGGCAUGUGUGACUCACAUUUUGCAUCUGUUUAGGAGUGCACUCACCAGCCACUUUGUUACAAACAACACCUUAGAGGUACUCAAGUACUCCAGUCUUUAUGUUCAGCUGUACUAUUAAACAGCAGCUUGCAUGUUGGUCUGUCCUCCAUCAGCGAUCCUCCAUCCUGGUCAGCACUGAUCAGCCUAGAAGAAAACAAACGUGUACAGAAGCAGGUCAGCUCUAGCUGCUAGUUGUUCCUGCUGUAUGGGGGUAUAUCUAAUGAAAGGGUUGGUGGGUGUAAGUCUAAUGGCGUAUACAGAGCAGGAGUGUUGGCGCGGUAGGCCUGUGAGAGGGUCGUUCCUAGCUAACGCUACGAAGCAGACUAAUCGUGUCGUAAGGCAGCGUUUGUCAUUAGAACAGUCCUAGUGUUGGUUUUAUGAGCCUGUGUUUGGUAAUGAACUGUUUUAAGCAACAUGGAAUGAAGUUUAAAUUUUGAUCAAUGUGCUAAAUAUUGUUUGAUUUUUAAAAGUUUUUUAGCAGAGACACUAGCUUGCAUUUCUAAAAUAGUUAAAUAAUAGUUAUGAAAAGUGGGGGGAAAAAACCAACUAAUAUUUGAAACCCAAGUAGCAUAUUAAUUUUAUAGUCUAUAUUAAUUUUAUAGUUUCCAAUAUCUCCACUGUAAGUGUACUACUGCUACUGCUCACAUGCUGUUGCAGACUUUUGUCCACAGAGUCUUUCUUCAGUACGAAUACAUUGGCAUGUCAAGGACAGGGUGACGGCGGUGGUGUUUGGUAUUCAGGUGUAAUGAGUUUCCAAUCCCUGUUUCCUCAUCCUUCGCCCUGGCUGUGUGACAGGCAAGCUAAAGAGAGGCUUGCCCUCGGGGCACUUAACCAGCCCGAAGGGCAACUUCGGUCAGGGCUAAGGCUGACUUCAUUCUUCCUCUGUGAAACACACCAAGAAGGAGAUCUGGGAAAUGAAAUUGCAUUGUCCCUGCACCCCUGUAACUGCCUUCUUGGGUGAAGCUUUUCAAUUUCUGCUUGCUCUAGAAGGCAUAUUGCCUGUGCUGCCCGUGCCCAGGUAGUAAAAAUGUCAAAUUGAGAAGGUGAGGUUAUCUGCAGUAAGGGUCUGGGAGGACCAGCAUGACUUCGGAUGUCUCAAAUAAAGCUGAGUGCAAAGUCCUGUUUUCACCACUGACAAAUUGUGUAAAAAGUAAAAUGCAUAAACACUGCUA